AAUCAUGUUCAGAAUAAUUUUCUUUCCUUUUUUAGAUUCCCCAUGCAAAUUUUGGAAAGCCCUAGAAUACGAGCCAUCCGCAAUCAUAUUAACGUCGACGUGAAAAAUCCUGGCGUAGCUGCAGAAUCUGAUUGCUCAGGGAUUGAAAUUGAAUUGAAUCUGCUCGAGAAUUUGUUUUCCUGAUGGUGGCAGAAGCAAGAUCGGAUUCAAAAUCGAAACCGAUGCCGAAUGAGAAUCUGAGAUUCGGAGAAAGGGCUUUGUCAGCCGGCGGCGCCGCUUUUAUAUCGGCGGUCAUAGUUAAUCCUCUCGACGUUGUUAAGACGAGAUUACAAGCGCAGGCUGCAGGAGUUCCGUAUCAAGGCUCAUGUCGUCUAGGUUGUUUCGAAUCGAAUUCCACGGUGGUACCGGAAUUGAGAGGUAAUCCUCCAGGGAUGUGUCGAAUUACUGGCUCUGCAUCUGUAUGCUCAGAUAAUCAGUACAAGGGAACACUUGAUGUGUUUUACAAAAUUAUCCGCCAGGAACAACUUUAUGCAGGAAGGGUUUUCUAGGCUUUGGAGAGGUACAAACGCUAGUUUAGCCUUGGCCGUUCCAACCGUUGGGAUCUACAUGCCUUGUUAUGAUUAUUUCCGCAAUGUACUUGAGGAUUUCACGGCAGAGAAGUCUCCAUCUUUGACACCUUAUGUCCCACUAGUUGCCGGGACAAUAGCACGCUCCUUAGCUUGUAUCUCUUGUUAUCCUGUUGAGCUGGCAAGGACACGGAUGCAGGCAUUUAAGGGAACUCAUAGAGAUGUGAAAUUGCCUGGCGUUUGGAAGACAUUAGUUGAUGCCGUCAAUCCAGUCAAGGGCUCAAAUAAUGGACAAAAUUACAGGAUGUUAUGGACUGGUCUUGGUGCUCAACUUGCUCGGGAUGUUCCAUUCUCUGCAAUCUGCUGGUCGAUACUUGAGCCCACCCGGAGAAGCAUUCUCUCGUUCAUGGGUGAAAAACCAAGGGCAGGUAGUAUAAUAGGUGCAAACUUUACUGCUGGUUUUGUUGCUGGUGCGGUUGCUGCUGCAGCUACUUGCCCACUAGAUGUUGCAAAGACUCGGCGUCAAAUAGAGAAGAAUGCAGAUAGAGCCAUGAGAAUGACCACAAGAGAAACAUUGGCAGAGAUUUGGAGGGACGGAGGAAUGAGAGGGAUGUUUAGUGGAGCAGCGGCUCGAGUGGGACGGGCAGGACCAUCUGUAGCCAUUGUGGUUUCCUUUUACGAAGUGGUCAAGUACGGACUACACCACCUUCACAAACAGUAACACUUUUUGUUACUACAAAAGUUACGUUUUGAUGCCAAAGCUAAAGAACUCUUCCGCAGCUAACUCAAUAAGAAGCACCUUUCAAGAACAGUGACAUUAGAAAUUUCAGCUUUUCCCAUUUUCUUUUAAGUUGAAUAGUAGUAUUAUUUAUUUUUCAACACGAGAUUCUUAUCGGAGGAAUAUAAUAACUCCAUGGUCAAGGGUAUGUAUUAAAGUAACAUGUGAGUUGGCAUAAAUAAUCCCGUGAUUUCAUAGGAUUUCUGCUAUUUAUC